AUGGCAAAGUGGCAAAGCGGGACGGGCUACAAGAUGCUUAUUGUUGCUGACGCUGCCACUACCUACAGGAUGGUUCACAUGAAUGAUGAAGGAUUCUACCCGCACAUCGACAUGGCAGAAGCCCAGGACGUCGAGCGAGCAACAGGGCUUUUGGCCGAGAUGAUGAAAAUUAUGGCAGACUCGCUUGAUUCCAAUUGGGACAGCCACUACAAGAAUUUGGGUCAAGACAGCAGCGCCCAGAAGCAGAUGUUGGGCCGCAUGCGAUGUCUGUUGAAAGAGGAAUGGAAGGGGGUGCGUGUUCCGGAACUCCGGGACGUGGCGGGCCGUGAACCAAGAAAGUUGUACACCAUCGAUUUCUCGGUUAUGUAUAAGGACAACCCACAAGGAGCAAAGUACAUCCCUGAUACAUUCCCAUUGCUUGUCAAGGCUGCCGUGAACUUGUCAUUCCAUUUGUGCAAACCCUGGCAGAUUGACGACGAUUGCAAGUUGGACCUUGGCUGUUUCAGUACUGGGUCCACCCAGGACGGACAGGAAUCUGCAUCCGCAAGUUCUCUCAAUUAG